CUCAUCGCUGCUAACAACAUGGCGAAAUUAUGUGCCCUUGGUCCAGGGGGGACAAUUUUCUGCAAUUUCGAUUUGUUUUAGGGGCACAAAUGCGAUAGUUACGAUUUCUUUUAAGUCUACAUAUGUCGUUGAAUGUAUAUUGGUUAAAAGCUAAAUAAAAUGGCAACAAUAAGUUGUUGGAGCAUUGCAUUUAGAAAGACGCCAGCUACUGUUGCCAAAUGCCUGAAAUGGCGGCCGGAAAAAUGGCCGUCCUGUAAUAAAAAAAAAUAAUUCCCAGUUUUAACUCUUUUUAGUUUUAGACAAGUCUAAGUCGUCUCAAACAGUGAAACCCUAAGUCGAGUUUUAACAUAUCAAAUGAUCAAGGAACUCAUUUCUGUAUCAGCCAUCGUUCAUUUGACUUGCACGACUUAAGGUGACUCUGUUGAGAUGAAGCAAAAAGAAUCUCCAGACAAGGAGGAAGUUGCAGCAGAAGAGAAAGCUGGAGACGAGCAAGCAAUAGUUUCUAGUAAAAAAUUACAGCCUGGUGAGGUACUUUCCAGUGACAUGUCUGGUCAGUCUAAAAUCAUUUGUCUAGAAGAUGGGGAUGAGAUGGAUGAUGAGGAAGAAGAGGAACAGAAUGGUGAGAACCUGGACGAUAGCAGCUCCAAGUCCCCUAAAGUUGACCUGGAUGACAAAGGCCUGACGUCUGAUGUGCCUGAUGUCAUGCAGCUGCCUGGGUUUGUCCACGAGGACCAGACUCUCAAGGGUGACGUAGAUCAAGAAGAUGAGGACGUAGACAUUACCGCCACCACCAAAGGCAAGAGACCUAACAGAUCACCAGAAAAGUUGGCAGCGGUGAGAAAGGAUGCGGAAAUGUCUUUUGGUUUUGAUGAUGAACUGGAAAUAGAUCCCAAGUCUAAAAAAACGGAGGUAAAUAAUAAGGAGGAAACCAGUGAUAAAACUAAGGAAAACAAAACUCCAGCCAAUCAGGAGUCUGUGAAACGUAAGGGCCGUCCACCUAAACCUAAAGAUGUUGAAGUAACUUCACAGGACUCGCCCAAAGCAGGGAAGGAGACAAAAAAGGAGGAUGGGUCAAAGACAGAUUUAUCUAAAAAAUCAAGCCCUCAAACACCUCAGGCUAAAAUAAAGGAAGAUGCAGAGGAGGAAGCAGAGGAUGACGAUGAUAAGCUGUCGUCAUCCAAGAGAAGGGCAAGGCCACCUAAAAGAUAUGGUGAGGAAUCCCCCUUGCCAUCCCAGGGGGACAAAGUCAAAGCUGGUGGUAAAACAAAGAAUAAAUCGGAAGACGAGUCUGACACAGCAACGAAACCGACGAAGAAGGCGGAAGAGACCCCGGCUAAAAGAGGUCGGCCAAAGAAAAACCCAGAAAAUAGUGAUAAAGGACCGCCAAGAAAAAGAGGCCGGCCCAGGAAGGAGGUUGAGACAGAAGAAGAUGACGACGAUUUAAAGAAAGUAAAAAAGUCUAAAAGCGUAGCCACUCCGUUACAGUCUUUAGCAGAUAGAAAAAACUUGUCCGCCAAAGAAGAAGAAACUGAGACAACCAAGAGGAAGACAAAGAAAAGAGACGAGGAUAGCGAAGAUGAUGAUGUGAAAAUUGUUGCUCCCAAGAGAGGUCGCCCAAGAAAGUCUGAAGAGAGUAAACUCAAACCAAAGAAAGUAUCAGAAGAUGAGCAGGCCGAAGAUGAGGAGGAUGACUUUGAGGAUGAAGAUGACGAGGAGGAUAUUUUGGAAGAAGAUCUUGAUGAGGAGUAUUCUCCCACCAAAGGAGGUAGAAAGAGCCAAAAAAUAAGUACGUCUCCACGUGGACGUAAAGGACCAAGAUCGCAAUCAGAGAUUGUUGUUGUACCUUUUUCCAUGAGUGGCAUCAAACAAGAACCAGAUUAUCUGAGCCAUGUCAAACGUGAACCAAAGGAUGAGGUGGAACUUGUGGAGGUGAAGCACAUAAUGUCAGGUGCCAAUUCGUCAGGUGACCAUUAUAUCGCCAAUUUAGAUGAAAGCCAGGUAGAGGAGGAGAUUGGUGCAUCGGAAGGGGAUGCAUCCUUUAACGACAACUGCAUGUCUACCCAGACACCUCAGUUUGAGGAAUUUGUGGAAGUAGAGACCAUCUUUGAAACAGCUACCCGGCGGUCUGUCCAAACGCAGACUGACCCUCGGCUUAAAAGAAAAAAGUUUGGUCCACUGAACCAUGACGCCGGGAUUGAUGCAAUGGAUUUUGAUGAAUAUGAUGAAAAAGAUCCAUUCCUCCGUCGCCGAAGGAAGCUUGAAGAUGAUUAUGGGCUGUUUGAAGACAGCGAGCCUCGUAGGAAAUCUAUUCGUCGCAAUACAGAAGAAGCUCUGAAAUGUCCAUUCUGUGAUAAAGCUUUCAUAGGUCUGGUGAAACAUAUAAAGGGAAAGCAUCGAGAUGAACACAGCUAUGAAGAAGAAAUGAGAAAUGCCAAGUGGAGAGAGAGAAUAAUGAAGGUGUCAACUAUUGGAUUAGAUGAAUCUGGUGAGACUUGUACUGAGUGUGGCAAGGUGACCAAGAACAUGAAGCGCCACAUGGAGCUCCAUCAACAAAACAGAAUGCAGAUACCAUGUCCUAUUUGUUCUAAGGUAGUUUUAAAAACUGGCAUGAGCUCUCAUAUGAGGACAGUCCACUCUGGUCGUAAACCUUACAAAUGUCCACAUUGUGACUACGCCUCUGCAUUUAGAGGAAAUCUUAAUACCCAUAUAAAGGGCAUGCAUCUCCAUACUCGUCAAUACCUCUGCAAUACUUGUAAGGCUGCUUUUAAAACCCUGGGGGCUCUGAUUGGACACACCAAAAGGGUGCAUGAAAACUGGAAGUCUCCCAACCAGAAAAUCUUUAUUUGCUCUGUGUGUGAGAAGCGUUUUACCAAAAAGUACCAUGUGGAUAGGCACAUGUUGAUUCACACUGGAGAGAAGCCCCACAAGUGUACAGACUGUGGCAGAUGUUUCAAUAACAAGUCGAACUUAAUGUCACACAUACAACUGGUUCACAAAAAACUGUCCCCAUAUAUGUGUGAUAUGUGCCAUGAAACUUUCAAACGCAAGAAAUUGCUCCUUGAGCACAUUGGCAAGAUUCACGUCUCUCAUGGUGAAGCUGCCAAGGCCAUGCAGGCCUACAUUAGGAAAAUUGAAGAGGCUGGGGAUGACGAUGACGACGAACUGGGUCACCACACCAUCACCAUUGCCCCUGCUGGAUCGUCUCACCAUGACGACGAUGGAACUACAACAGUUUAUGCUCAGGUGUCAGAUGGCACAUAUCAAGCAAUGGUUGGUGAUGCUUCUCAUGUGUUACAAGGACAGACUUUCACCACCCUUCAGACAGAUGGCGGUGAAGAGACAAUUAUUAUUGUGCAGGCCGCGGAUCCCAAUGAGGUGACCCACGCUAUUGUGGAACAGGACGGGCCUGUCCAGUUUGCCAUGCAGCCAGACGAUAACCCCAACUCUGAGGGUCAAAGUUUUAUCACUAUGUAAAGAAAUCCAAGUUUCAUGCAAUAAGGAAAGAAUGCAAGAAGGUUUUGUUUCAGUUCAUUCACACAAUGUUUUGCAAUGAUUCUCUUUCUGAACCUAUUAGUUGGAUGGUGACAUUGUCUCUUGAAUCAAAGUGUGUAUGCAGUCUAUUGUCUCUUGAAUCAAAGUGUGUAUGCAGUCUAUUGUCUCUUGAAUCAAAUUGAGGAGUCUGUGUAUGAAAGCUUAUGUCUCUCUCUCUAUUUAUAUAUACAUAUAUAUAUAUAUAUAUAUAUAAUGUUUGUACAUUUAAACAUUAUUAACCAUUUCUUUAUUAUGAUAAACAUUUGUUUUGGUACCUAUCAAACGACAAUUAAAAAUAUUGUGAGUCUGGUGUAUUGAACAAUCUUCUCUGAACAACUUUGCUGCACAAUUGUCACCAGGUUUUGUAGUUGAGGGUAUUCAUUCCAGCCUAGGAUCAAGUCUAGAAAUACUUUGGUUCAGUUGCAGUGCAAGGAGUGUCACACAUUUUGUGGCAGUGAUUGUGUACAUUCUUUUGUCUUAUCCUCUAUAAUUCUGCUCAAGAAUAUGAUUAGAUUAGGACCUUAUCAAUCUUCACAACCAAAUGCUCUGUUUAUCUUUCAAGGGUAUGAUUAGAUUAGGACCUUAUCAAUCUUGACAGCCUAAUGCUCUAUAUCAGUUGAUAAAAUGGAUUUGUCAGGACCACUCAAAUAUUGAUAGUUUGAUGAAUGUCUUCUCUCAAUGGAAGGGAGAUCAUUUCCAUUGUUUGUUAACUACUUAGUUAAUUGGUCUGAAGUUUUUCUUGUAAACUUUUUUUCUGAUAAGAGUGUUGAAUACAAGCAUUAUUAGAAGAUACUGAAUGAUUCUUUUGAAAAAUAACUUUCUUACAAGUUUUAUUUUGUUGGACUUUUUUUUUCAAUAAGCUUUCUAGACUUGAAUGGAGAGACACAUUUUGUGAAGUAAGAAUUGCAUGUCUGAUCUGAUUAACAAUAACCCGAAGUGUUGAUCUGUGUCAAACUCUUUGUGUUAUUUCUGUCCAAAUUGUUUUCUUUGAAGUAAAUCUACAAGGCUAGUUGUGUAUCACUGGGUCAGUGAUCUCAGUUUCAGAGCCUUUGCUGCGUUUCCUAAUAUCUAAAACUACUGGGCUCAGUGUAUAUGGUGCAUAUCAUUGGUGUAACUGUGUGUGAAGAAGGGACUCCUUGUCAACUUCAUGUUGACUUAGUCUAUAGUAUAAGUCUAUAGUAUGAUGAUAUAUGUUUUAAAAAUGUUUACCCUGUACAUAGCAAACAGUUGAUAGAUUGAUUUACUUUGACUAUACCAUAUUGUUUUGUUUUAUAUCUUUACCAUUGAGUUUCACCAUUUUUUUUGUAUGAAGUUUUUUUUUUUUUUAGUUUGUGCUCUGUGGGUCUCAUGUUUCACUGAAAUGUCCCUGUAGAUACAGUUUGUGUUUUGUGACACAGGACUAACAUUGAUGUAUGUUCCAUUGUUUUUUGUUGUUGUUUUUUUAAUUAUUAAACAUGGGAUUCUGUCUUGAAAAUAUGAUUGUCCCAGUUCAUAAAAAAACAAAUUAAUUCCAUUUUUUUUUUGGUUUUAUGUUUAUGAAUGCAAUCUCUAAGAUUGAUUUGUAUUAGGUUUAGACAAAACUUGUCUGGGACAUUCCAACAUUCCAUGUCGCCAGCAUGUCUGUGGUCAACAGCCUGAUGGUGUUAGUUUGGCUGGGAUGCCUACCACUCUGUGUAGUACUGUUGUGAAUGUAGUUACCCUCUGAAUGUAGUGUGUGUCGGUGACAUUGAAGGGGAUGGCAUCUAGUAAGUAAUGCACGGAUGUCAUUGGUGUUAGAGUUACCUCCCUUGUCUCAUUGAAUAAUGUCCCCCUUAUAUGUCAGUCCCUUUAAAACGUGGAUGUCUUUAUUGUUUGUAACUGUUUUGAUUGUAUUUAGGUCAGUGCAUAGUCCAUGUGUUAAUAAAAGUAUAAUCAAUAGAA